AUGCCAGAAGCGCAUAGGCCGGCUCCAAUCGGCACGAACGGUGCGGCGGGCGGGGGUGAAUUGGGCGGACCAUCUGCUCCACCAGAUGGACAGAUCCUGACGGGGAAGCAAGAACACUACCUCAAGCGCGAGCUCAUCGCCCGACAAGUCCGCGCAGAGAUCACCGAACUCAACUCCCCCACAGCCCUGCAGCGAUUCGGCGCGCCUUUCAGAUCGGAUUUCGGCGAGGUCGCCCCCGUCGACUCCGAGCUACCGAUUCUGCGGUACAUCUUCGUGCACCAUGUGCGCAACUUUCCGUUUCUCGACAAGGCACGCGAGAAGGAGUUCUGGCAGGAUAAGUUGCAGGUGUUCUUGGAAUCGUUUGCCAACAAGCAUGUCUCGUCCUCGGAGGAUCGGCUGGAGGAAACGAAGCGGCGGAAGUUGGCCCGGAAGUGCGAGAAGCUCAUCGAGCUGAUGAUGGUUUCGGGUGUGCCUACAGCGUCGGGAUACGAGGAACGGGUUCAAUUCUCGGAGAUGGAGGUGGUUGAUCGCGGUGCGGAUGAGAAUGGGAUACUGGUCAAUAUCCCCGAGGGCCAGUCGAUUCAUGGGUGGGAUGUGAAUGUGGCUGCUGUGCGCGUUAAGUCUGUGAAGCGGACAGUCAGAUAUCAUCCGCACGCGGAGUUCAUUAUUCGAGUCCGUCAAGACGACAAGCCGGAGAUAUAUGUGGGCAGAAGAUAUGGCGACUUUGUCAAGCUGCACAAGAGACUGCGCACCGAGUUCCCCGGCAAACACCUACCCCCUCUACCUCGCAAGAACAAAUCCUCCACGACAUCCAGCUGGUUCGGCUCCGCGGAUGACGAUAACUCGUCCAUUUCAUCCGCUUCAACUCAAGGACCGACCACCCCCCAGGAGAAGCAGUCAUCCCAAACUCUUGCUCCGAUCGAUCCCAAGGGUCCUCGGCACUCAGUUUCGCGAAGCUCAUUACGCUCCGCCAUGUCAUCGCGCGCGUCGUCGGAUGUGCCGCCAGAGAAUGUACUCUACCGCGAAGAACAGCGUGUAUCUUUGCGCGCGUUUCUUCGUACCAUCUUGCAGAACAAGCGGAUUGCUGAGACCAAGACCAUGGCGGAAUUUUUGUCUGGUCAACCUAUCACUUUGAACGAGGAGGAGAUGAUUGAUGUUCGCCGGAGAAAGGAGAUGGAUGCCGUGCGGAUUGAGGAGCAGAAGCGGUUUUAUGAAAUCGCCAGACAGCGUGCUGCGGAGCUGGAUGUCUACAUGGAGAACUUCCGCAGAGAAAUCGUCGAGAGCAAUGGCUUGACGAAGCUUUUCACUGAGAUCAAGGAGAAAUCUUCCAUCCCAGAUCUCAGCCCGCAGUACCAGAAGUUCGCCGAGUGGCUUCGCAUUGAGGUUGCUGCGACAAUAUACCAUUUGUUUUUGGCGGAGGAUAAUUCCCCCGAACUGUUUGCGCAGGCAAAGAGAAUCCAUGGUCUUGUUCCCUACACUCUGCUGAAGAACGUGAUCCGCAUCGCCAACCCUGCUGCGGUCAUGUCGGGCGUCCUCGAUCUGUUUCUGGCCCAACCAUUUGGAUCUCGGUCGCUGCUCCAGCGAAUCUUCUCCCUGACACUGAAUGAUAGCAUUAAGGACUUUCAGAAGUCAAUUGAUUCGUUGUCUGCCAAGGUUGAGGACCAGGUGUUGGCCCAAAAACUCAAGAGUUUCGCCGACGCCGAGGAGGACGUUAAGAACAUCAUCCGAGAGGAAGCUGUUGCGGAAGAUAUCGACAUCAUUGUGGCCAUCUUACGCUCUGAACUUCUAACUCCAGAGCUCACCCCCGAGCAAAUCGGGAAAGUAUUCAACGGCUGGGUGGCCUGGAACAACGCCGUGGAAAACGUGGACCUUGAGAUGCAGCAGGGAGCCCAGUGGUUUGCUCACAUGAAGCAGCUGUUGAAACUCUACACUCGGCAGCGUGACAAGUCGAUGAUGCUUAGCAUCGUCGAGGAGCCGGCUACUCUCCAACUCUUCCGUGAUCUUUUCACCAUCUUCUAUGAGCCCCUCGUCCGGGUCUACAAGUCGGCCAAUGUGUACAGCUCCAUUACAGACUUUGCCAUGUUUGCCGACGAUGCCAUCGGCGUCAUCGAAAGCGCCCAACGGCAAGACGCUUCCGCCGACCCGAACCAGACCGUGCAGGCCUUCAUUGACCUGUGUGCCCGCCACGAGGCUAACUUUUACAAAUUCAUCCACGAAGUGCAUCUCCAUGACAACGGUCUCUUCCACUCCUUGAUGUCGUGGGUCGAGGAAAUUCUCGACUUUCUGCGCAAGGGCCCCAAGGGUAACAAGCUCGACAUGAAUGCCUUGUUUCAGGGUGCCGUUGGUGCUGGCCAAAUUGACAAAGAUGUUGCUCUGGCUGAGAUCAAUGCGCUGAUUAAAUGGCACGCGGACCGGAAGGCCUGGCACUUGAACAAAACACGCCAGAAGAUGGCAGCCGAGGGAACGGGCACCGACUCUAUUCCGGGCUCUGCGACCUUCAAGGGCAGCGAUUUUGGCCUUGAUCAAGGCGAUUUGGAAGACUUGACUAUUUCCGACGAGGCCUCUGACGCCUCUGACGAAGAUUCCGCCGAAGAUGAUGAAGAUAACCCCAUCGCCGCUGAACGCCGCCGACGAACUAAGAGGCAGGAUCAGCUUCGUCGCACAGCCGGGGAGCCCCUGAAACCCGAGGUUCACGAGGCCCUGAAGCUGACUGAUCCGUUCGUCGUGAUGCUCCGAUACGUGCUGGCAGACUAA